GCAGCGCGCACAGCUGAUCUCAGGAGGAGAGUUUGGCGCAAGUUUGAGCUCAAAGAGCGGAAGAAGUCCGAGGACAGAGACGCGAGGAGCGAUUCAAGAGCACCGAAAACGCUUCUCUCCGCCCGGAGGACUUCUUUACGACUAGUUUGAAACAGGUCCAACACAACAUGCCCAGCACGCGCUCUAACGGCCGGGCUCAGCCCACGCUGGACUUCCCGCGCCGCAAAUCCUGCAGAGUCUCCUCGCGGCCCAAGACGCCGCAGCCGGCAGCGUCUCCGGCUCCGACCAAACCGCGACCCGCUCAGCUCGGACCGCUCUCCCCCAAACUACCGGCCGCCCGCCCGUCUCCGCUCACGAUGCCGCCGCCGGCCGCCCUCCAGCCACGACUUCCACUCAGCCCCCGGAAACGCACAGGUGAUGAAAACGGCUGUAACCGUGGCGACGCCCCGCUGGGUUCUCCUCCGAAGCAAAGCAAGCCGACUCUGGUGUCCUCGCCCCGGAAGCCGGCCUUCGACGACGAGAACUCGCCGGUCUCGGUCCGCCGGCGGCUGGUCCCGUCCUCGUCGCCGCGGAAACCGCUCUCCCCCGCGGCCGGUGCGUCCCCGAGGCGCCAGGAAACGCCUUCUGGGAGCCCGGCACGCCAAAACCCGGAGAGGAAGCCGCCGGUCGCUCGGCUUUUUGGAGAAAGGUCGAGGUUCCUGAGCGUGAAGCAGGCGCUCCACACCGCCGUCCCCGAGCGCCUCCUGUCCCGGGAGGCCGAGCGGGCGUCCAUCCGCUCGUUCCUGGAGGAGAAGGCCCUGCGGCGCCUCCCCGGCAGCCUCUACAUCUCCGGAGCUCCGGGAACCGGCAAGACGGCCUGCCUCAACUGUGUGCUGCAGGACAUGAAGGCCCAGCUGGCGCCCGUCCACACCGUGCUGGUGAACUGUAUGAGUCUGCGCAGCUCGCACGCCGUCUUCCCGCUGCUGGCCGACACGCUGAAGGCGCCCGGCGGGCCGAGCGGGCUGCAGAGCUUCCUGACGGCCCCGGGGCCCGCUGUGCUUCUGGUUCUGGACGAGAUGGACCAGCUGGACAGUAAAGCUCAGGACGUCCUGUACACCAUCUUUGAGUGGCCGCACCUGCCGAAGUCUCGCCUCUGUCUCGUCGGCAUCGCCAACGCUCUGGAUCUAACCGACCGCAUCCUGCCCCGUCUGCAGGCUCGCCCUCACUGUCGCCCCCUGCUGUUGCACUUUCCUCCCUACAGCCGGCAGGAGCUCACGGCCAUCGUCCAGGACCGGCUCUCUCAGGCGUCGGCCGACGGGAUCCUCGACGCGUCCGCGGUUCAGUUUUGUGCCCGAAAAGUGUCGGCGGUGUCAGGAGACGCCAGGAAAGCUCUGGACAUCUGCAGGAGAGCGGUCGAGGUGGUCGAGUCCGACGAGAGGAAGAACGCUUCGGAUCCAACCGGCGGACCGAAAGCGUCGCGGGUCAGCCUUCCGCAGGUCGCGCGCGUGCUGUCGGAGAUCUACGGCGACCGGAUGGCGUCUCCGGGCGGCGGCGGCGCUGCCGACGGAGAGAGUUUCCCUCUGCAGCAGAAGCUGCUGGUCUGCUGCCUGCUGCUGCUCACACGCAGCGGGAAGAGCAAAGAGGUCGCCGUCGGGAAGCUCCACGAGGUGUACAGCCGCCUGUGCGCCCGCCGCCAGGUGUCCGCCGUCGGGCAGGGAGAGUGUCUGUCGCUCUGCAGCCUGCUGGAGAGUCGAGGGAUCUUCUCUCUGAAGAAGGCCAAAGAGGCUCGUCUCGCCAAGGUGUUCCUGAAGAUCGAGGAGAAAGACGUUGAAAACGCUCUGAAGGACCGAACGCUGCUGGGGAGCAUCCUCGCCGCCGGCCUCCCGUCCUGACGCGCUUCUCAACAAAGAUGAUUUUUAGUUUUUUUAUAUAUAUAUAUAUAUAUAUAUAUAUAUAUAUAUAUA